UCAGCCCGAUAAUGCCAGAAGCAGAGGAUGCAUUUCCGAGCGAAGGAGCGGACACUUCGCACAUCUAUCCGGAUUUGGACGUGAAUCAGGAGUCAGGUUUGGAACGGUCUGGUACUCCAGUAGGUGUCCCCAGUACUGUGAUAGAGCCACCCAAUGUGUACAAGAGCAGAUGGAGGUCUAUAAGAGUGAUGUACCUGACCAUGUUCCUGAGCAGUGUCAGUUUUUCCAUAUGUAUGUCUUCAAUAUGGCCAUAUCUGCGCAUGCUGGAUCGCGGUGCCACCACAGCAUUCCUGGGCUGGGUAGUGGCUGCUUAUAGUUUGGGUCAGCUGGCAGCGUCCCCAGUCUUUGGGGCUUGGGCCACAUGUAGACGUAGAAGUCGCGAACCUCUGGUGGUCUCCAUUGUCAUUAAUAUCCUGGCCAAUCUGAUGUAUGCUUACAUAGUGGACAUCCCUGGAGCAGCCUAUAGAAAAUACUACCUAAUUGUGGCUAGGGCAUUGAUUGGCUUUGGGGCAGGUAAUGUUGCCGUGGUGAGAUCCUAUACCUCUGGUGCUACCACCAUCAAAGAGAGAACAGGUGCUAUGGCUAGUAUGAGUGCCUGCCAGGCCACAGGAUUCAUUCUAGGACCAGGUAUACAGGCUAUGUUGGUACCUUUGGGUUACCCCAUAGACACUAGCAGUGAUCUGUACAAGUAUUUACCUCUGAACCUGUACACGGCGCCAGUGUUUCUCAGUGCGUUGCUGGGCCUGGUCAAUGUGGUGUUACUGGUGGUGGUGUUUAGAGAACACACCGUAGUGGAUGAUAGUGACCUGGACUUCUCCAGGGGAGGCUCUGUUAACGCUGACCUAAAUGAGUAUGAUGCACAUCUUCAGGAUAUGAAGCCUGACAGAAUUGCUGUUCUUGUUCUUUUAUUCAUCUUCUUCAUUGUGCUAUUUGUCUUCUCCAUAUUUGAAACUAUAGCUACCCCACUGACUAUGGAUGAGUAUGCCUGGACUGAGGAGCAGGCCUCGCUGUAUGUGGGCAUAACACUGGCUGUGGCUGGCAUUAUAGCUAUUUUGGUCUUUAUUCUCAUCAAGAUUUUAUCAAGGAAACUGAAUGAGAGGUUCAUUUUAAUUGGAGGAUUCAUAUUUGUGCUGGCUGGUUUUAUCGUCUACCUGCCGUGGGGUCCCGCCAGACCAGAUGUGGAGAUUGCCAAACUAACCAACAGUUCAUCAGCAUCAGUCACUGAUAUGUCAGGUAUGAUAAUGGAGGCAGUAGAGGUCCUGGGCAGGAACGUUACUGCAGCAGUCACCACCAUCAAGACAACAGUCACAGCUCACACUACAGAUCUAAAGCCAGCAGGAUGCCCCUACUACUUCUCAUGGUGUCUGACAACACCCAAAAUAUUCAUAGAACAGUAUUUCUCAGGCACUUUCCUCAUUGCUGUGGGAUAUCCCACCACCAAUGUGAUGACUUAUACACUGUUUUCAAAAAUACUGGGCCCAAAACCACAGGGUAUAAUGAUGGGCUGGCUGACAGCAUCAGGAAGUCUGGCCAGAACUUUGGGACCUAUCUUUGUCAGCCAGUUUUACCAGAACUUAGGGCCACGGUGGACAUUCUCUAUAAUUGCUGGGGUUGUAGUCGUAACCAUUGGCGUCAUUAUUGGCAUGUUUAAAAAGUUGGUACCAUAUCAAGUGAGAUGGAAAAGGUUGUCACCAAGGUGAUAAGUAACCGAGGCGAUCAGUAACCAAGGUGAUAAGUAACCAAGGGGAUGAGUCAUAUUUAUAUAUAUUUUUGCACUCUUCAUUUUAUAACUGCAUUCUAGUAUAUUUGAUAUCAUUUUUUAUAUUUAGAAGAUUGUAAUUACCUUCUAAUUUCAUAUAUUAUUGAAUCAAGCAGUUUGUACAUAGAUACUUUGUAAACGAGACAAAUUGUGACUGUCAAGACAGAAGUGUUCAAUGCAUUGUACAAAAACUCCGUCAUGGAUCUGUUGUGGUAUUACUGUGAUAAUUUUUAUAGCAAAUCCUAAAUAUAUAUUAUUAAAUAUUAAGUUAUAAGGCAUUUUAUUUGUAACCAGUGGCUGCCUUUUGUCUGUAACAGCACAGAUAUUUAACAAUAUAACUGAUGAAAAUGUUCUGUAUUUUAUGUGUAUAAUAAGUGCAGAAAGUUACUCAGUUUUUUUAAAUGUUCCGAUGCACAACUGAGUCAAGAACAGGCUGCUGUUAUGGUGCUAGAAAUAUUUUAAUGCAGAAUUUGUAGAAUUUACUUGUAUAUAUACAUAUCUGUUUAGGUGUUCUAGUUUGUGAUAAGUAUCUACAAAGUGUAAAUAAUAA